CCUGUCUCUGGCGUCACCGGGACUUUUUGAGCAGCUCGUGGCUGUAUCCUUGAUCACUGGAGUGUGUGAGAGGGUGUGCGUGUGUGUGUGAGGAUGAGGAGUGCGCGAACACUGCAGCAACUCACCAUCAAACGGAGCAUCCAUCCUCCUCCUCCUCAGCGCUCCGCCGGGAUAAUCGGAGCUCCUUUCUCCAAGGGACAGCACAGAGCCGGAGUGGAGACCGGGCCGGACCGGAUCCGAGCAGCGGGACUCCUGCAACGGCUGCAGCAGCAAGGCUGUGCAGUGAAGGAUUAUGGGAACUUGACGUUUGAGGAUGUGGCUCUGGAUGAGCCAGUUCAAGGUUCGAAAAGUGUUCGGGCGGUGGGCAGUGCCAACCAGAGGUUGUCAGAGGCGGUGCAGGCGAUGAAGCGGGACGGACACACAGCGGUGAUGCUGGGAGGAGACCACAGUCUGGCCAUCGGCUCCGUCCAUGGCCACUCGGCGGCUGUCGGACCUCUAAGCGUCGUGUGGGUUGAUGCCCACGCUGAUGUCAACACUCCACUGACCUCGUCCACUGGAAACAUCCACGGGCAGCCCAUGUCCUACCUCCUGUAUGAGCUGCAGUCAAAGAUUCCUGCUCUCCCAAGCUUCUCCUGGAUGAAGGCAUGUGUGUCGGCUAGAGAUCUGGUCUACAUCGGUCUGAGAGAUGUGGAUCCAGCCGAGCACUACAUCCUGAAGUUGCUGGGUGUGAAGGUGUUCUCCAUGUCUCAGGUGGAUCAGCUGGGCGUGGCCAGAGUCAUGGAGGAGACGUGUGACUAUCUGUGUGCCAGUGCUCAGAAACCCAUCCACCUGAGCUACGACAUCGACGCCAUCGACCCCUCUGUUACUCCAGCAACUGGAACUCCUGUAGUGGGAGGCCUCACCUACCGAGAGGGUCUUUACAUCACUGAGCACCUAAGUCAGACAGGUCUGCUGUCUGCAGUCGACCUGGUGGAGGUGAACCCCAAGAGAGGACGGACGGAGGAAGAAGUCCUCUCCACGGUUACCACCGCUGUCGACCUACUGCUUGGGUGUUUUGGGCAUGUGCGUGAAGGCAACCACCCGUCUGAUUAUCGCCUGCCAGAACCGCAGCGGUGACGACUCCAGCCCGUUGGAUUGUGCUGAUAGACACGUGAUGGGUGGUACUGCGCCGCUGAUGCUGGACGCCUUACACCAAAAAUCAGCCAAUCGUCUUCCAGCAGCAACUCAGUCCGUUCUUCACUUUAUUGCACAAAUCAGGUCUCAUGUGUGUGGAUCAGAAUUACCUAAAUGAUAUUUUAGAAAACUCAGGAGAGUGAAGUGACCUCUGCUGUUAAGUGAAGUGUUGAUUUUGGAUAGAAAGUUUGAUACAAAAUUGUAAAAGUGUGUUUUUAAAUGAGAUUUUAACAAUGGAGUUCAGCCCAACUAGCCGGUUCAACACACAACACCAGUGUUUUACAACAAGACAUUAGUUUUGAUCAAACUCCAUCUAUAAUGUGCCAACAUGCCUGAGCACUGGAUAGUUUACUUUCAAACUUUUGGUUGAAACAAACAAACAAACAAACAAA